UCAUUUUUCUUCACUGUUUGUAGAAAUACCUUUUCCUAAAAUCGUGUUCGUGUGAGUCAUCAGAAAAACGCAGCGCAUCUCUCUCGCCGCCGCUCGGACCGCCCUACCCCGCCUGCUCCGGCAGCGGCGCUGCAAGCCUACAGCAGUCCGGCUCCGCCCAGCCUUCGCAACAGCAGCCAGCAGGAAAAGCAAGCUGCAGUAGCAAACAGAUUACCAUGGAGGCGCACAUUUUUUAAAAAAAAUCGGGUAUUUUGGGUACCCUAAAUCGGAGUUGGGUUACUGCCCCGCUCUGAUUAGACAACCCUAGUCAAUCCUAUUUUUUACAUUGGCCUAAUCCAAGCGCUAGCACCCGAGAAAUGCAUGAGAUGUAGGAUAUGUAACACACUACAAUAAAUACAGAUUCGUAUGUGUGAACCUAUGUAUAGCCAUAGUGGAUAAUCAAACAAAUAAUGCAUUAAUACAUUUGUUGAUGUGCACAUUGUACGUUUCUUCAGUUAUCUGGACAUUCUGAACUCCGCUUUUUAUUAGGUUACUAUAAAAUAUUCACUGUGUAUCAGAGCCUCACGGUGGUUAGGAUUUCUCGUGAGGUUUAAACCAGUGAUAAAGUGAUAUUGGAGUCGUAAAAGAUGCUGCUGAUCUUGAAAUGAUCAGCUGACGAAUGUCUUAGAUUGACACCGACUCGAAAAUUUCAAAUCUGCAUUUUCUCCCAUUGUUCAAAGUGAUAAAAUGUUGCCUAUAACCUACAUAUGUUUGAUGAUCAAAAUUAUUAUGCAAACUUUUGCAAUAAGUAUAAAAGAUCUAACAUCCUUUCUAGUACACAAGGCAACUGGUAAGGGUAUCCCCAAGACUCAAAUUUUCUUUACCACAGUGAACUUGAAUAGCAUUUGGAUUUGACUCCGAGUCUUGGUCUAAUGUGAGAGGUCUUGAGUGCACAUUGUCUCAGGCCUCUUUUCGUAUUGUGGACACAAAAAUUGUUUUUCAAAAUAGAAAGUUUACAGGGUUUGGUAAUGUGGUUGAAUCUUUGUUGUGCUCCCUGUUGACAAAAAGUUUGGAUUGCGGUUGCAGGGGUACAGCUCUCUCAGAUUUGGAUGGUGUUGGUUGUUGAGAUUGUUGCCAUGACAAUUAUCAUUUUUUAAUUGCUUUUGCCGCAAAACUGAUAUUUCCACAAGCUUUUCUCAAAUUUGAAAGGCUUGGGAAGAUAUGCAUACAUGCGUGGUUUAGUACUAGAGUGUUCUACUGAUCUUUUUACUCAUGAUUUUUCAGUGUUGAUACCAGCAGCGAACUCCUCCAUGAACCAACAGGCAUUGCUAAUCUGAAAUGUCUUUAGCGCCACAGUGAUUUUGUAACCCUUCGGACGAUCUGUGCACUCGAAAUCAACCCCCGGGGCAUACGUACAACGGGUAGUUUCCAGCCCCAUCGCCCACCGUUGAACAAAAUCUAACUGUAUAAGGAUAAUGCGCCAUGGCGGCGUACCAAGAGCAUCGACUAUUUUUCACAAUUCCAUUGCAUCACUCCUCCCCAUCACCACACGAUUCAGGUUCACUGCGGUGGCAGAAAAAGCUGUUAAGUCAGCAAGUGUAUCUGAACUUGGCGACCUUCUAGUUGUUGCUUCCAUUGCCAAAACUCUCUCAAAACCUGGCGGAAUUCACGAUCUAGAGAAGAAUGGAGAUGCCAUCCCAUUAUCUGAAGAGCUUGUGCUUCGAGUGCUCCGCCGUGGCUCUCUUGAUUCGUCAAGAAAGUUGGGUUUUUUCCAUUGGUGCUCUCACAGGCAAGACUACAAACACUCAGCGUGCACAUACACACAGAUGUUCAAAGUCCUCUGCUUUUUGCCACACCAGCAUCAUGAUGACGUUCUUGAGCUUGUGGCCUCAAUGAGGCGUGAUGGGGUGGCUCUGGAUUCAAUGACUUUGAAGAUGAUUCUUGAUGGGUUCAUCAGGGCUGGCAAGUAUGAUUCUGCUUUGGAAGUUUUGGAUUAUGUUGAGAGGGAAUUGAUUGGUUCCAGCUGUUUUAGCCCUGAUGUAUAUAGCCCUGUUAUUGUUGCACUCGUGAGGAAGGAUCAGAUUUCAAUAGCAUUAUCGAUUUUCUUGAAGCUUAUGGAUUCUGCACUGCUCGCGGCGAACAGUGAGAAUGUGGUCAUUCCUGAUGCGAUUGCUUGUAAUGAGAUGCUUGUUGGUCUCAAGAAGGCGGACAUGAGAGAUGAAUUCAGACAAGUUUAUGGUAAUCUACGAAAAACGAAGCUUUAUCCGAUGGACAUAUGGGGUUACAACAUAUGCAUUCAUGCAUUAGGAUGUUGGGGCGAGUUGAGCACUGCAUUGGGCUUGUUUAAAGAGAUGAAGGAGAGGAAUGGUCCAUUUGAACCCGAUUUGUGCACGUAUAACAGCCUCAUACAUGUGCUUUGCCUGCUUGGGAAGGUUAGGGAUGCCCUCAUCGUGUGGGAGGAGCUGAAGGCUUCCUCAGGUCAUGAGCCGGACGAGUUCACUUACCGGAUUAUGAUCCAAGGUUGUGCCAAAUCAUAUAGAAUCAAUGAUGCGUUGAGAAUCUUCAGUGAGAUGCAGUACAACGGCAUACGAGCAGGGACUGUUGUUUACAACUCCCUUCUUGAUGGUUUGAUGAAGUCGAGGAAGUUGAUGGAAGCCUGCGAUCUGUUUGAGAAAAUGGUAGAUGAUGACGGAGUGAGGGCUUCGUGCUGGACCUAUAACAUACUUAUUGAUGGUUUGUACAAGAAUGGAAGAGAAGAAGCAGCUUAUACCAUGUUUUGUGACUUGAAGAGAAAAGGUAAUAGUUUUGUCGACGGAGUCACGUUCAGCAUCAUCACUUUGCAUCUAUGUCGGGAAAACCGGGUUGAGGAAGCACUGCAGCUGGUGGAGGAGAUGGAAGGAAGGGGCUUUAUAGUUGAUUUGGUUACUAUAACUUCACUAGUGGUCGCGCUUUACAGACGUGGUCAGUGGGAUUCAAUUGAGAGGCUCCUGAGGCAUAUUAGAGAUGGGAAUUUAGUCCCUUCUCUUAUCAAGUGGAAAUCAGCCAUGGAAGCUUCAAUGAGUAGUCCACAAAGCAAGAAGAGAGACUUUUCACCAAUGUUUCCUUCCAUAAGUGAUGUAGCCGAGGUUUUGAAUCUGACAAAGCCGGAUCGUGAUGGUGAUGGUGAUGGUGCAGAUGACACCAAGAAGCUCAGUGAUGAAGUAGACGAGUGGUCGUCUUCUCCAUACAUGGAUUCGCUUGCAAAUCACUUCGCCUCUGACAAAAGCCGUGGUUCACAACCGUUCACGCUGUCUAGAGGGGUUCGUGUUUUGGCUAAGGGUGAGGAUUCUUUUGAUGUUGACAUGGUGAAUACCUACUUAUCCAUCUUCUUGGCCAAGGGGAAGUUGAGUUUAGCAUGUAAAUUGUUCGAGAUUCUGACCAGUAUGGGUGUGAACCCUGUGAGCUACACUUACAACUCCAUCAUGAGCUCCUUUGUCAAGAAAGGGUAUUUCAAGGAAGCGUGGGGAGUCCUCCACGCGAUGGGGGAGGCGGUCACCCCUUCGGACAUAGCAACGUACAACGUUGUGAUCCAAGGUUUAGGGAAGAUGGGGAGGGCGGAUCUCGCCAAGGCUGUUCUCGACAAGCUGAACGAUGAAGGCGGGUACCUCGACAUUGUCAUGUACAACACCUUGAUCAACGCCCUCGGGAAGGCUGGCCGGUUUGGUGAAGCAGUCGAGCUGUUUCAGCAGAUGAAGAGCAGCGGGAUAAAUCCGGACGUGUUCACCUACAACACUCUCAUCGAGGUGCACAGCAAGGCCGGGCGGCUCAAGGAGGCGUACGAGUUCUUGAAGAUGAUGUUGGAUGCUGGGUGCGCGCCUAAUCACGUGACGGAUACGUGUCUCGAUUUUCUAGAAAAGGAAAUCGAGAGACGGAGGUACGACAAGGCUUCGAUCAUACGGUCCAAAUCCGAUGAUCUUUGCUGAGGAUCAAUCCAAGGUUGGUCCUCAAAGAUUUAUUGUUAUCUUGGAAUUUCAUGUAACAAAAUAUAUGUAAAUGCAUUCACUAUAUUUAUACAUUAUAUAAAAGCUGAUUUUUUUCUGCUCAAA